AAGUCGUUUCCCUUUCUGCAGUCUGGUUUUGGGAGGCGGUCUCCUGGAGCUGCACAGGCGUCUCCUACACCCCUUGUUGAUUAGUCAGUGUUUUGCAAGCAUUGGUUAUGGUGUUCUGUACUGUGUGCAGCCGGCUGGCAUUGAAUUCACUGGAGGAGGAGGCAGGAUCCCAGCUCGGCACCCAGUGACCUCUGCCUGGGACAAGGAGACCAUGGGCAGCAGGAGCCACCAGCACAGGAGCCAGCCCUGAGACCAGAGCAACAUCUCACAGCUCCUGCUGGACCCCCAUCUCCUGGGUCUGCUCCUCACCAGGGGGACAACAUGGACCUCUCAGCCCCCUCCUCCCUGAAGGAUGUAAAGUGGAGCUCAGCCUCAUACCCCCUGGAUCUGCUGGUUAGCUCUUACCGUUUACCUCAACUGGUCAGACUGGACUGUGCGGAAAGCAUUGAAGGCCUGCGGGAAAAUGACUAUCUCUUGAUCCAUUCAUGCCGACAGUGGACGACAAUAACGGCUCACAGUUUGGAAGAAGGGCAUUAUGUCAUUGGUCCAAAGAUUGAGAUUCCAGUACAUUAUGGAGGGCAGUUCAAGCUGCUGGAGCAAGACCGAGAUAUCAAGGAGCCAGUGCAGUAUUUUAACAGCGUGGAGGAGGUGGCUAAAGCAUUUCCUGAGCGGGUGUACGUCAUGGAGGAAAUCACUUUCAACGUGAAGGUAGCGUCGGGUGAAUGCAAUGAGGAUACCGAAGUUUAUAACAUCACUUUAUGCACUGGAGAUGAGCUUACAUUAAUGGGGCAGGCUGAAAUCCUUUAUGCAAAAACAUCGAAGGAAAAGUCACGUCUAAACACAAUUUUUAAGAAGAUCGGAAAGCUAAAUUCAAUUAGCAAGUUGGGUAAAGGCAAAAUGCCAUGUCUGAUCUGCAUGAAUCAUAGAACCAAUGAAAGCAUCAGCCUUCCUUUUCAGUGUAAAGGGAGAUUUAGCACACGUAGCCCUCUGGAGAUUCAAAUGCAAGAAGGCGAGCAUACGAUCCGUAACAUUGUAGAGAAAACAAGAUUGCCUGUAAAUGUUACCGUGCCUAGCCCGCCUCCACGUAACCCGUACGAUCUACAUUUUAUACGUGAAGGCCAUCGAUACAAACUUGUUAACAUCCAAACAAAAACUGUUGUAGUUUGUUGUGUCUUGCGUGCCAAUAAAAUCAUUCCUAUGCAUUUUCCAUUACAUCUAUCUGUUCCGAAGUUUAGCCUUCCAGAGAACCUAGUAAAAGGAGAGAUGUGGCAAGAUUCUGUAGUUCAGCAUUGGUAUAGCGCAUGCCAAGAACAGUUCGAUAUCGAAGAAUAUUCCCGUGCAGUCAGGGACGUGAAGGCAGACUGGAAUGAAGAAUGUAAAAGUCCCAAGAAGAACUGGUGUAGUGGCCACAGCCAUAUACCGAACUCCCUCAGUUAUGCUCGAGAUGAGUUAACGCAAUCUUUUCAUAGGCUUUCAGUCUGCGUUUAUGGAAACAAUCUUCAUGGGAACAGUGAAGUGAACUUACAUGGUUAUCGAGAUCUUUGUGGGGACUGGGCUGUCUUUCCUCAAGAUUUCCAGCAGUAUCAGGAUUCAGGUGAUAGUGGAAGCGAUUACCUUUUCCCUGAAACAAGUGAAGAAUCAACAAGUCUACCAGCCAAGCCAGAACUCCCUUAUGAAGAGCUGUGGCUAGAACAAGUAUCAGCAAAGAGAGUAGGACAACCUCUUACCCGCUCACAAAGUGAGAAGAACAAAUGUGACUCUUUCAGUGGUUCGCUUCAAUCUAAGUGCAGUACAUCAUCACUCUCCUCCCCAGUAUCUCUAAUAGGAACCAAGUGUACAGAUGUGUCCCUACCUCCACCCCCAGUGCCUCCAAAAUCUGAAGCUGUAAGAGAAGAAUGCAGAUUGCUGAAUGCUCCACCUGUGCCUCCACGCAGUUCCAAACCAUCUUCCCCCACCCCAUCUGUUCCAUUAUCAACAGGAAAGACAGCACGGCAAAAUACACGCUCUCCAAGUCCCACACUCUCCUACUAUUCUUCAGGGCUGCAUAACAUUGGUGUAACAGACAGUGAAGUGACCAACUCCUCAGAAAGUGCUCAAGUUUCUUGUUACCCAUGUAACUGGGUUAAAAAAGAAUCAAAUGAUGAAAACAAGUUGCCUUGUGAGAGUCCAUCUGAACUUCUUACUUCUAGAUUGUCCUGGCCUAACAGAUAUUGUGGUGGGGCAGAAGGUAUGAACGCCAACGAUUUACUUAUGGAUCAGUGCCGCAGUUAUUACAGCUAUCCUCGGCAAAAGACUCCUGGCACACCAAAGAGAAACCUUGCAGCUCCUUUUGACUUUAGUGGAUGUGAUUCUUUGGCAGGUUGUACACAGGUAGCAUCCAGUGAGAUGACAGACAUUGCAACUGGUUGUCCAAAGUCUGCAAGCUAUUCAUUAGACAGUUCCACAGAGAGAAUCUUAGCCGACAACAGCACAAAACAAAGUUUGUCGUGUCCUGCAUUACCGCCACGCGCACCGAAACCCAUUGAGGCAAAUUUCGUCUUAGAACCAUUGCCUCUAUCUAUUAAAAUUGAUGGAGCUGAGGAGGAGUUACAAAUGUGUUCUCCUGACAUCUCAGAGGAACAUUAUUUAGCUAAAAAGGGUAUGCAGGACAUUUUCUCUAUUUCAUACCCAUUCUCUUCUCCUCUUCACAUGCAACUAGCCCCAAGGUCUUGUGGUGACGGCUCUCCCUGGCAGCCUCCAUCAGAGCUUUCGGGACUAUCUAUAGAAGAGGUCUCUAAAUCUCUUCGAUUCAUCGGUCUGUCAGAAGAUGUUGUGUCAUUUUUUGUGUCUGAAAAGAUUGACGGAAACUUGCUUGUCCAGCUUACAGAAGAGAUCCUCUCCGAGGACUUUAAAUUAAGCAAACUGAAGGUUAAAAAAAUAUUGCAAUUUAUUAAUGGUUGGCGACCCAAGAUGUAAUUGUGGAAGUGCUGGAAGGUACUGAACAAAUUUUUUUGCAGCUCUUGUUAGGAGUGCUGCAAUUAGUACAAUCUGGAAAUUGUUUUUGCACUAAGAAAUAGUUAGUUUUAAAGAAGUAAUGAUUACUAUGCAGUAAAAGGUACGAGUUGUAGACAAAUCACUUAGUACUGUAUGUCAAUGCAAACACUCAGUGAGCCUCAUGCUCCACUGAAUACUGAGCAGCUGCUAUCAACUCCUUUAAAAUGUAAAAGGGAAUUCAAGUUUAUAAGUUACAUGUCAAAAGAUGUACAGUAAUAUAUAUUAUUCAGCAGUCAAAGCUUGAAGAUAUAACUAGUAAGAGUAUAGUUAAACAAAUUGGCUUCAUGCAUUAUAGACUAUUAUGAAGGAGUACUUUUUAUAUGCAAACGCAUUUCAUCUUCUUUUUAGGACUUGGCAAUCAGAAGAUAUCUGUUUAGAUUUAUAGUCCCCUUGCUAAAUGGUUUUGCCGCAGUCUCGUUCCCCCGGAACGUGUUUUACUUACCUCAUAUUCCUGUGCACAUGCUGUGUGCCAAGUGGUACGAUGAAUCACGUGUGGCCCUGAUAAAGUGUGCUUGUGUAUUAGAGAAACAUAACGAUUCCUAAAUGCAUAUUAAAAUCCUGAUCCAGCCUUGAAAUGUCCACCAGAUUCGUAGUAUUAGAUUAGUAGAUUCUACAAGCUCGAUACAGAAGACUCUCAGCUAUAGUCUCCUUAGUGGAGUGAUAGAAUCUUUUGGGGGGGGGAUUUUAAAACUGCAUUGCUGGAUGAUGGGAGUAACGUGCAAGAAGCUCUUUUAUUUUAACCAGUGCGUGUUCGAAAUCCUGACUCUUAUUUAUGAAGUGCUAUUUCAACAUCAAGGUUGUUUUUAAAAUGGUCUCUUUUAUGAAGAAAAACAUGUAAUCUGUAUCAACACCCAGAACAAAACCACUACCGGAGAUGUAGAAACUCGUGUUGUGGUAAAUUAGACGUUCGUACACAAUGUAUGUUUUCAUUUGUAUAUACAUAUGUAUAAUAUAUAAACUUAUUUUCACUCA